AUGGAAGAGCAGCAAAUGGAGAAGAAGUUCACUUAUUGUCUAGGCAACACGUGCUACUCUCGCCCCUACUCCCUCGCCGGCUGCAACUGGUACCUCUCUGCUUGUCCUAAAGGAGACUACUUGUGCUUGUCUCUGGAACUUGAGCCUGAAUCUUUGCCUCCAGGAUGGAGAAGAGACGUGAAGUUUAGCUUCACUCUCGUGAACAAGGUUCAAGGUUCAGAUGAUGAUGAUAACACGUCUAAAGAAGCCACAGAUGAUCUUGAUGAUGAUGGUGCUUCCUCUCAUGUUUCAAAUAAUGGUGAUGACACGUCUGAAGAAGCCUCAGAGGAUGGUGAUGCAUCCAAAGACAAUCUGGCUGAUAAUUAUGAUGAUGAUGAUGAUGAUGAUGAUGAUGGUCCUUUAAGCCAAUCAAAUGCGUUGGAGGACGUGUCUCCUUUAGUGGGAAACCAUGUUGUAAGCUGUAACGGUUUGGCAGCUGAGACUGAGGUUUCCAACGGUGAAAACACACCUAAAGAAGAUGUCGAUGAUGAGGCUACAUCUCUUGUUUCCGAUGAUAGUGCUAGAAACGGAAGUUCUCUACACCAAGUGAAGUCCUUGAAGGAUGCAUCUCAAACAGUAGAAAAUGGUGGUGGUGGUAGGGGUUUAAACAAUGUGGUAUCUGUUACUGAGACUUGUAAUAAUGUGUUCAAGGAGAUCCAACCAGUAAAGGAAACGAAGGAUGUCAAUGGGUUUCAGGUUUUUUCUUCUCAGGUGGAGUCGGUGAGCUAUAUAUUCAAAAGACACCCGGACAUAACAUCAGACUUUCGUCCAAAGAACCAACAGAUCAGAAGAGCUUACAUGAAUGAACUCCUUAGCCUCAUCGAGAUGCUGUGCCAGUCACCAGAGAAGCUCUCCGAGGAUGAUCUGAGCAAUGAUGAUGACACACUUGCUGAUCUGAUUGAUGUCGGUUUUAGAUUAGACUGGCUGAAGACAAAGAUGAAUGAGGUUUCUGAAAAGAAGAAGAAAGAACAGAGUAGUGGCACACGGCUGAAAACAAUGGAGGAAGAGUUGCUGAAGCUGAAGCUAAUGUUCUUGGAUCUUGAAACUCAGCUGCAGAUGGAAAAGGCAGAGGCAUUGGCCGCAAGAGCUCCUCCUCCUUCAACGAUGUUGUUUACUGAUUCUGCGAGGAUUCUUGUAGACUUGUAG